AUGUCUAACUACGGAUUCGAAAAGAUUUCAAGAGAUGUUACUUUGGCUCUUCCAAAGCCCGUCAAACCAACUCCAUUAAAGGACACCAGUCUUCCUUCAUCACCAUUAGCUAAAUAUGUAUUGAAAUAUGUUGAAAGAGAAUUACCACCUCAAGUGUUAAACCACUCAAUUAGAGUUUACUUAUACAGUAAAGCCAUAAUUCAUGAUCAAUUCCCUCAAUGGGAUUUGGAUUUAGAAGUGGUAUUUGUUACUAGUUUAUUACAUGAUAUUGCUACUACUGAUAAAAAUAUGGCUGCAACAAAAUUAUCAUUUGAAUGGUAUGGAGGGAUUAUUUCCAGAGAUUUAGUAUUUCAAGAAACGAAAGAUCAAGAUUAUGCUGAUGCUGUGGCUGAAGCUAUUAUUAGACAUCAAGAUUUAGGUGAAUCAGGUUAUAUCACCACUCUUGGAUUGAUUUUACAACUUGCAACCAUUUUAGAUAAUGUUGGUUUACAUCAUCAUUUGAUUCAUGAAGAUACUUUGGAUUUAGUUAACAAGACUUAUUCCAGAGCUGGUUGGCUCAAUUGUUUUGCUAAGGCCAUUGAUAAUGAAAAUCAUUUAAAACCUUGGGGUCAUACUAGUGCACUUGGGGUUGAUCAAUUCAGAGAUGAUGUUUUAGCUAAUAAGUUAACUUAUGAGAAAGCUGCCUUAUAG